AUGUCUUUCGCUGACGUCAGUACGACCAUAGAUAAUCAGAGGUUUCUGGUCAAUGUGAACGACAUGGACUUGGAUCUUCUAGAGCAGAUCUUACCUCACUGUUCCAAGACGCAGUUGAUCCAUAUAGAGAAGUCCACAAAAGGCAGAGAUCUGAGUCCGGUGAUUGAUAAGCUGUGGAAGAGUGCCUAUGAGAAGGAGUUUGGAAUCGAAUCCACCAAUUCGGUUUCGGAGAUAAUGAAGAAGUGGAAUCUCACAUUCAAGUGGUCGGAGUUGUACCAGGAGAAAUCAAAGAGAGUAAAAAAGGCUGAGAAGAAAGAAGAUGACAGGAAACGGAGCCGGCAAGUUAGGGUUUGCAAGAAGGUUCCACCAUCUUCAAGCGAUAAGAGAAACUGGCCAAAAGAGCAAGUUGAUGAAGAAAGUUGUUAA